AUGGCUACUCCUGCUUCAACCAGCGGCGGCGGCGGCUCUCCGAGGACUGCUUCGGACGACAACGAUGCCGGUGAAUCUGCACGCCGCAGUCGAAUCCUAUCGAGCAAGCUCUACUUCGACGUGCCUACUUAUAAGGUUCCUCUGAUUUAUUCAUCUUCAUACGAUAUCGCUUUUCUGGGUAUUGAAAAGCUGCACCCUUUUGAUUCUUCUAAAUGGGGUCGCAUUUGCCGAUUUCUCAUUGCUGAGGGUCUUCUGGACAAAAAGUACAUAAUUGAACCUCUGGAGGCUAAAAAGGAAGAUCUCCUAGUGGUGCAUUCAGAGACAUACCUGGGCAGUUUAAAGAGCAGCUUUAAUGUGGCCACGAUAGUUGAGGUCCCUCCAGUUGCUUUAGUGCCGAACUGUCUUGUGGAUAAGCAUGUUCUCUACCCAUUCCGCAAGCAAGUUGGGGGCUCAAUUUUGGCUGCCAAACUUGCAAAGGAACGAGGAUGGGCUAUCAAUGUUGGUGGUGGAUUUCAUCAUUGCUCAGCAGAAAAAGGAGGAGGAUUUUGUGUUUACGCGGGCAUAUCUCUCUGCAUUCACUUUGCCUUUACCCGUUUGAAUAUUUCAAGGGUGAUGAUAAUUGAUCUCGACGCGCACCAAGGGAACGGCCAUGAAAAGGAUUUCUCUGAUGACAGAAGAGUCUACAUUCUCGACAUGUAUAAUCCAGAUAUAUAUCCUUUUGAUUACGAGGCUAGGAGAUAUAUCAAUCAGAAAGUUGAAGUAGCAAGUGGAACGACCACCACUGAAUAUCUAUCCAGACUUGAGGGUGCACUCAAGGUUGCUGCUGAUGCAUUUUACCCUGAAUUGAUCAUUUACAAUGCUGGAACUGACAUUUUAGAUGGAGAUCCUCUGGGUAGGUUGAAGAUAAGCUCUGAUGGGAUUGCCAAAAGAGACGAGAAAGUUUUCGUAUUUGCUCGUGAGAGGGAAAUUCCGCUUGUCAUGCUCACAUCAGGUGGUUACAUGAAAUCUAGCGCUAAAGUGAUAGCCGACUCGAUCGUGAAUUUGUCCAAGAAAUCUUUAAUUACUUUGGGAAGCAUACAGAAAUAA